GAAGCCCCCUGGUGCCUGGAUCUUCCCUGGAUCCCGCCUGCUCCAGCUGGCACCAUGGACAGCGAGGCAUUCCAGAGUGCCCGGGACCUUCUGGACCUGAAUUUCCAGUCACUGGCCAUGAAGCACAUGGAGCAUAUGAAGCAGAUGGAGCUGGACACAGCAGCAGCCAAGGUGGACGAACUGACCAAGCAGCUGGAAUCCCUGUGGUCAGACUCUCCAGCGCCUCCUGGCCCACAGGCUGGAGUGCCUUCUAGGCUGUCCCGGUACAGCUCCAGCCCGGUUUCUGAACUCAUGGGCAACCGAGGGUCUCCCCGGAAGGCAACCACUGACAGCAUAGAUACCUCAUUCCCACGCUCGGAGAGUGCCCCGGUCCUGCAUCCCUACAGUCCGUUAUCACCCAAGGGCCGGCCAUCGUCUCCCCGCACUCCGCUCUACCUGCAGCCGGACGCCUACAGCAGCCUGGACCGCGCACCUUCACCCCGGCCCCGCGCCUUUGAUGGGGCAAGCAGCUCCCUUGGCCGUGCACCCUCCCCGCGGCCCGGGCCAGGCCCGCUCCGCCAGCAGGGUGCCCCCACGCCCUUCGACUUCCUGGGCCGCGCUGGCUCUCCACGUGGCAGCCCUCUGGCCGAGGGGCCCCAGGCCUUCUUCCCGGAACGUGGGCCCUCGCCGCGCCCCGCGGCUGCGUACGAUGCGCCCUCGGUCUUUGGGAGCUCUCUGUUGGGCACCGGCGGAAGCGCUUUUGCCCCGCCUCUGCGUGCACAAGACGACCUGACGCUGCGCCGGCGGACCCCCAAAGCCUGGAACGAGUCUGACCUAGAUGUGGCGUAUGAGAAGAAGUCUUCCCAGAGCUAUGAACGCCUGGAUGUGUUCCCACGGCCUGCCUCACCAGGCCUGCAGCUGUUGCCCUGGAGGGAGAGCAGCCUGGACGGGCUGGGGGCCCCUGGCAAGGACAACCUCACCAGUGCCACCCUGCCGCGCAAUUACAAGGUCUCCCCUCUGGCCAAUGACAGGCGUUCAGAUGUGGGCAGCUACCGCCGUUCCCUGGGCUCUGCUGGGCAGUCAGGCACUCUGCCCCGCAGCUGGCAACCUGUCAGCCGCAUCCCCAUGCCCCCUUCCAGCCCCCAGCCCCGCGGUGCCCCACGCCAGCGCCCUAUCCCUCUCAGCAUGAUAUUCAAACUGCAGAAUGCCUUUUGGGAGCAUGGAGCUAGCAGGGCCAUGUUCCCUGGAUCACCCAUCUUCACUCGACCACCCCCGCCUAAGCUGCCUCCCCAGCCACAACCACCCCCCCAGCUCCAGCCACAACCACAGCCUCAGCUGCCCCCACAGCCCCAGCCCCAGCCCCAACCACAGCCCCAACCCCCUACCCCAGUUCCACAGCCUCCCCAACAGACAUGGGCCCCUGUGAACGAAGGCCCCCCCAAACCUCCCGCUGAGCUGGAGCCUGAACCAGAGAUUGAAGGGCUGCUGGCACCAGUGCUGGAGGCUGGCGAUGGAGAUGAGGGCACUGUGACUCGACCCCUCAGCCCGACAAGGCUACAGCCAGCACUGCCACCUGAGGCGCAGUCGGUGCCCGAGCUGGAGGAGGUGGCACGGAUCCUGGCAGAGAUUCCUCGGCCGCUCAAACGCAGGGGCUCCAUGGAGCAGAGCCCCGCUGUGGCCCUGCCCCCCACCCACAAGAAACAGUACCAGCAGAUCAUCAACCGCCUCUUCCAUCGCCAUGGUGGGCCGGGGUCUGGGGGCCCUGAGCCAGAGCUGUCCUCCAUUACUGAGGGACCUGAGGCCAGGGCAGGGCCCCCUGCUCCUGCCCCACCAGCUCCUAUACCUCCCCCAGCCCUGCCCCAGAGCAGUCCACCAGAGCAGCCACAGAGCAUGGAGAUGCGCUCAGUCUUGCGGAAGGCGGGCUCUCCGCGCAAGGCCCGCCGCGCGCGCCUCAAUCCACUGGUGCUGCUGCUAGACGCCGCCUUAACCGGGGAGCUGGAGGUGGUGCAACAGGCGGUGAAGGAGAUGAACGACCCGAGCCAGCCCAACGAGGAGGGCAUCACCGCCCUGCACAACGCCAUCUGCGGCGCCAACUACUCCAUCGUGGAUUUCCUCAUUGCCGCCGGGGCCAACGUCAACUCUCCUGACAGCCACGGCUGGACACCGUUGCACUGCGCAGCGUCGUGCAAUGACACAGCCAUUUGCAUGGCUCUGGUGCAGCACGGCGCCGCGAUCUUUGCCACCACGCUCAGUGACGGCGCCACCGCCAUCGAGAAGUGCGACCCCUACCGUGAGGGUUAUGCCGACUGCGCCACCUACCUGGCAGACGUGGAGCAGAGUAUGGGGCUGAUGAACAACGGGGCGGUGUACGCUCUCUGGGACUACAGCGCUGAGUUCGGGGACGAGCUUUCUUUCCGCGAGGGCGAGUCGGUCACUGUGCUGCGGAGGGACGGGCCAGAGGAGACCGACUGGUGGUGGGCUGCACUGCAUGGCCAGGAGGGCUACGUGCCGCGCAACUACUUCGGGCUCUUUCCCAGGGUGAAGCCUCAGAGGAAUAAAGUCUAGUAGGACAGAAGGACGUUCAGAGAGGGGCUGGAGCAAGUAGCCCUACCUCAGCUCCGGCCUCCCAUUCCGUUUACUGCUGCCUUUAGCUGCACCCCCUAACCCUCCAAUGGUGCAGGCCUCACGCCAGUCCUCUGCUCUCCCGGAAGCCCAGGGGAGAAGGAGGACCCCAGCCUUAAAUUUAGGAAUCUGCCUUAGCCCUUGGAGGUCCAGGAGGGGCUAGGAAUCACUGGGGCAAGAGAAUUCCCCCCCUUUUGCCACAUUAGAUCCCGUUCAAAGUGCCUCCCACUCCUACUGUCACUCCCCCUACCCCCAGCAAGACAACCCACUGGUGAUCCCCACUUGAUUUCCCUGGGAGUCACUUCUGACCACAUCCCUCCCAGUGGCUUGGUGUAAAAAGGCACAUUGGACUCUACCAGGAACCCUGCCCUACCUCUCCCCAGUUAAGUGCCUUUACAGAGCUCUGGUUUUAUGUUUAUAACAAAAUGGGGACGUUUCUUUAUAAAUAAAGGUAGUUU